AUGGUUUGUUUAUUACCCAAGAAUUUUGCUGCAUUAUUUGUUCCUGAUGAACCUAUAAGAUUUCUACCACCAAUAGAGAAACACUGGUUCCCAAAUUAUUCAGGGGUUUCAUCGUAUUUAACAAUGUUUGAUCAAAUAGAACCGAAUAAUGAAAAAAAGACUGAGGGUGCUGAUUCAUUUGCACCAACUUGGACUAAAAGUGGAUUACGUGAGUUAAGAUUUCUUAAAAUGAAAGAAGAAAAAACUCGAUCACUUCGUACUCAAAUUCAAACUUGGGAUCCUACGCAUAAUUUAAAAGCAACUGAUAACCCAAACAGAACUAUUGUUGUUCUUCGUUUACCAAAGAAAACUGAUGAGUCAAUAUUACAACAACUGUUUGGUGAAUAUGGUGAAAUAAAAAAAAUUGUGAUAAUAAAAGAUUUAAAAGGUAUAAAUAAAGGAUAUGCAUUUGUUGAAUAUAAUCAUCGAAGUGAAGCAGAAAGGGCAUGUAGAAGAGCAAAUGGAAUGAGAAUUGAAGAAAAAAUAAUUGUUGUUGAAAUGGAAAAAGGAAGAACAGAAGAGUCAUUUAAACCAAAGAGGUUAGGAGGCACUAUUGAAAGAAGACGUGGUGAAGAUAAAAGAAGAAAUGAAAGUCCUAUAAGAAGAGACAGAGGUUAUUCUCCUUUUGAAAGAAGAGAAGUUGCCUGUCGAACUGAUGAUCGUAGAGGGGAACGUCGAGACCAUCUUUUGGAUAGAAGGGAUGAUGAUUACAGAAAGGCAGGAUAUAGAACUAGUAGAUACGAACGAAAAGUAGAUAGAAAAGAUUAUAGAAACGAUCACUUUGAACGUAGAGAUGAUUAUAAACUUAGUGAUCAUAAAGAUGAUUAUAGACUUAGUGACCAUAGAGAUGAUUACAGAGCAAGUGAUCGUAGAGAUGAUUAUAGACAGAGUGACCACAAAGAUGAUUAUAGGUCAAGUGAUCGUAGAGAUGAUUAUAGAUCGAGCGACCGUAGAGACGAUUAUAGACAGAGUGACCGUAGAGAUGACUUUAAACUAAAUGAAUACAGAGACGAUUACAGAGCAAGUGACCGUAGGGACGAUUACAGAACAAGUGAUUAUAGAGAUGAUUAUAGACCGAGUGAUCGUAGAGAUGAUUAUAAAUUAAGUGAUCGUAGAGAUGACUAUAAAUCAAGUGAUCGUAGAGAUGACUAUAGACCAAAUGAACGUAGUGAUCGGUUUGAGCGAAGAGGGAAUGGAAAUAUUGGGUACAGAGAAGAAAGGAAAUGGUGA